CACUCCUUCCCGGCGCUAACUUCAACGAACCUGGAACUUCAAAAACAAAACUCCACCGCCCAUUUUCUCUCCAUUCACGAGACUCACACAUUCACCUUCUCUCUCUAAUCAAAUCCGGGGGAAAAUAAGAAGAAUGGCGUCCAAUCUCGGUGCUUCCUCACGCGCCAUCGCACGCGUCUCCCGCUUCCCUCAUUACCAUUACGAACGCUCCUUCGCAUUUACUGCACUGCCCCGACGACCGGGCAACCGGACAAGCAGACAAGGCCUGAUGAUCAGGGCUCUUGACCGUGGCGAUUCUUAUCUACAUAUGUGGAGGAAGGCUGUUGAUCGCGAGAAGGAGGAGAUCGAGUUCCAAAAGCUUGUUGAUAACUUGGCCGACGUCGGUGCUGACGGCGAUAAUAAGGAGGGGAAGGGUGGAGAAGAAUUAGAGAAGAAGAGUCAGGAGUUCGAGAAGAUUCUGGAAGUUUCCAAGGAGGACAGGGACCGGAUUCAGCGAAUGCAGGUUAUUGACCGAGCCGCCGCGGCGAUAUCAGCGGCUCGUGCCAUUCUCGGUGAGAGUAAAGCUCCCAAUAAAGACGAGGAUUUAAGCGAUUUAAACAGCGAGAAUGGCUUAGCAACAGGGGGUCGUCAAGGAGGAACAUGGUACAGGGAUGUGUUUGUGCCUCAGUCAGAAGCUUCUCCAACUGGGGUACCGGGCCCAGAUUUUUGGUCCUGGACACCUCCUCAACAGGGGGACAGAGAUUCAGAUGAUGACAGUACCCUGCAGCCUGCUAAAAAAUCUUCUGUUUAUCCUACUUUAGCCAGUCACAUAAUGGAGAAAGAACGAUCAGCAGAUUCUCUCCCAAUUCCAUUCGAGAGUAAACUUUAUGAUAUCAAUCGCAGCGCCACUCUUCCCCCUUUUCAGUCAUUGAUAGAGGUUGAAAGAAAGGAAGUCUCUGAGCCCAAUCUAGAGACCCCUUCCUUGAAUAAGGAACACGACCUGAAUGUCUUAUUUGCAGAACAUGCAGCUGAAGCAGCUCAUGCUCUUGAAAAGCUGGAUGAAUCUUCCUAUGGAGUGAAUACAGAUGGAUCAAGGUGGUGGAAGCAAACAGGAGUAGAGAAAAGACAUGAUGGUGUGGUUUGCAGGUGGACAAUGACCAGGUGUGUUAGUGCUGACCAAGCUGUAGAAUGGCAAGAGAAAUACUGGGAGGCCUCCGAUGAGUUCGAUUAUAAGGAACUUGGUUCUGAGAAAUCAGGACGUGAUGCAGCUGGAAAUGUUUGGCGCGAAUUUUGGAGAGAGUCAGUGUCUCAGGAAUGUGGGCUUGUGCAUCUUCAGAAGACUGCAGACAAGUGGGGGAAGAAUGGCAAGGGUGAAGAAUGGCAAGAGAAAUGGUGGGAACAUUAUGAUGCGGCAGGUCAAUCGGAAAAAUGGGCCCAUAAAUGGUGUAGCAUUGACCCCAAUACACAACUUGAAGCUGGUCAUGCUCACGUUUGGCAUGAAAGGUGGGGUGAGAAGUAUGAUGGACGCGGUGGAAGCACGAAGUAUACGGACAAAUGGGCAGAGCGGUGUGAGGGUGAUGGGUGGACAAAGUGGGGUGACAAAUGGGAUGAAUGUUUUGAUCCUAAUAGUAAGGGUGUGAAACAGGGGGAGACAUGGUGGGAAGGAAAGCAUGGGGAGCGAUGGAACCGAACUUGGGGUGAGCAGCACAAUGGGUCUGGUUGGGUUCACAAGUACGGGAAGAGUAGCAGUGGGGAACACUGGGACACGCAUGUGCAGCAAGACACAUGCUUACAGCUCCUUACAAGCAUCAGAUUCCUUAGCAACACGAUGUUGAUCAGAACAAAACUGUGUAGUUAGUUGAGAUGAAUAAUUAAGGGAAUUGUGUUAUGUCUUUCGCAUUA